UAGUGUCGACCGCGCCGCCGGUGCGCGGGUUGGGGUAACCCGGUUCCGCCCCCCGUCCCUUCUCCUCCACCCCCGGUGAGAGACCCCCGCGGCCGCCCACGGGGAUGCGGACGCGGCGCUGAGCGUUUCGCCAUGGAGGGGCCGAGCGGGUCCAGCUUCGGGAUAGAUACGAUCCUGUCGGGUGGCAGCACCGGCAGCCCCGGAGUCAUGAACGGAGAUUUUCGCCCCCACGGCGACGGCCGGCCGGCGGAUUUUAGGAGCCAGGCCACGCCGUCCCCCUGCUCGGAAAUCGACACGGUGGGGACGGCGCCCUCAUCGCCCAUCUCGGUGAGCAUGGAGCACCCCGAGCCGCACCUGGGGGUGGCGGAAAGCCUCCCGCCGCCGCCGCACCACCUGCACCUCGGCCCGCACCCGCCGCCGCCGCCGAGUUUGCAGCCGUCGCCCCCGCAGCCACCGCCGCCACAGCUGGGCUCGGCCAGCUCCGGCCCCAGGACUUCCACCUCUUCUUUUUUAAUUAAGGACAUUUUGGGCGACAGCAAACCGCUAGCGGCGUGUGCACCUUACAGUACCAGCGUCCCCUCUCCCCACCAUACUCCCAAGCAGGAGGGCAGCGCGGCACCGGAGAGCUUCAGGCCCAAACUCGAGCAGGAGGACGGUAAAGCCAAGCUCGACAAGCGCGACGACACGCAGGGGGACAUCAAAUGCCACGGGACAAAGGAGGAGGGCGAUCGGGAGAUCAGCAGCAGCCGGGACAGCCCGCCGGUGCGGGCCAAGAAGCCUCGGAAGGCACGAACAGCCUUCUCCGACCACCAACUCAACCAGCUGGAGCGCAGCUUCGAGCGGCAGAAGUACCUGAGCGUACAGGACCGCAUGGACUUGGCCGCCGCCCUCAACCUCACCGACACGCAGGUCAAAACCUGGUACCAGAACCGGAGGACCAAGUGGAAGCGACAGACGGCGGUGGGCCUGGAGCUGCUGGCCGAGGCCGGGAACUACUCAGCGCUGCAGCGGAUGUUCCCCUCGCCCUAUUUCUAUCACCCCAGCCUGCUGGGCAGCAUGGACAGCACGACGGCAGCUGCGGCGGCCGCAGCCAUGUACAGCAGCAUGUACCGGACUCCCCCCGCGCCGCACCCCCAGCUCCAGCGGCCGCUGGUGCCGCGGGUGCUGAUCCACGGGCUGGGGCCCGGCGGGCAGCCGGCCCUCAACCCCCUGGCCAACCCCAUGCCCGGCACCCCGCACCCCCGGUGAAACGGCACCGCGGUCCCCGCAACGAGCCCUUCCCCUCCCCGUCCCCAAACAAGCCCCAGCACCGCAGAGGAGGAAGCGAGGGGAAGCCGAGGGGCAGGAGCUUCUGCAGGCAGUCACCGGCCAC